GGGCUGCUGCUUGCUACUAGUGCUACUAGCAAAGCCAACUACUGUACUACUAGUAGCAAAGCGAAUGGGGAGAGUAGUCGCCUUGCUCGCCUAGUUGCUACCACCUCGAUCGACACCUGCUUCCAUCGCCGGCCGGCGUUCUCUGCACGCACGUUCGCCCAGGCUGCCGGUCGAUGGAAUCGAAAAGAAUUACACGCGGCGAACAAGGUUCUGGGUUGAACUACGUAUUGCUGAAAAAACGUAGUAGGAACAUAUGCCGGGCCAAAGUCCAUGACGUUCCCAGUGGCAUCAAAAUUCCCUCUGUUUGGUCAAUUACUACGUUCGUGCCAGUUGAGAAGUACCAGCAGAAUGAUUUCCUAAAAUUUUCACUUGUUCCUGAUCCGGAAGAUGAUAAUCAGACAAAUGAAUGGGGAAGGUUUAUGUGUUACCUUCGCAAAAGUGGGAAGGCCUGCGCUGUUAAACUUGGAUCUGUCACCUUCCACAUUCUGUAUCCUGGAUAUUCUGUCUCUGCAAUGGUCUUGUAUGAGACUAAACUGAAAGAUCAUGGUGUCUGCAAAAAUGUGACUGGGAAUGGGAUGUAUGGGAGAUCCAACACAAGCGAGGAGACUUGUGAUAACAUACCGCAUAUAAAGGAGAUGGAGUUUUCAUGUAAACACCAUAAUUCAUAUAUCACAGAACCCCAUGGGUUUGUUCCAGAAUCCUCACGAUUCAAUUCUGUUGAAAAUGGUCCUAGAUUUUUAGAUCCAGAAGUGAAGAAGAAAACAUCUACACUUGCAAGAAAUUUUGUUAAAACAAACCCUAGGUAUCUCCGAACACUUGGUCAGACACAUGCUGGCUGGAUCUUUGGAGCAGUAGCAGAGCUCGUAGAUAACUCCAGAGAUGCUGGUGCAUCCAGAUUGGAUAUUUCCAUCCAAUCUAUGUUUUCAAAGAAGGAAAAAGGAAAAGUUCCUGUCUUAUGUGUAUCUGAUGAUGGCCUUGGAAUGACUUAUGAGGAAAUGAUGAGAAUGGUCUCAUUUGGUCAUGACGGAGCUAAUGAACACUGCAAGGAUCAGAUUGGGAGGUUUGGAAUUGGAUUUAAGUCUGGGUCUAUGAAACUUGGGAAAGAUGCACUAGUGCUUACCCAAACUUCAACUUCCAGAUCAGUGUCCUUUCUUUCGCAGUCCUUCAAUGACAAGAAAGAUAAUAUUGAGAUCCCUGUGGUGACAUAUUGCAAGGAAGGACAAUACAUGGAAGUUGAUUUGAAUGUCCAGUCUAAAGCUACUGCAGAGCGUAACCUCGAUGCAAUCAAGGAAUUUUCCCCGUUUAAUGAGUACUUCAUUGGAGAAAAGGUGGGGUUAUUUGGUGAAGAGGGUACCGGUACACAGGUUUAUAUCUGGAAUUUAGAAAAAUGGGGUGCUGACUACACCUUGGAAUGGAACCCAGAGAAGAUUAAUGAAAUUCCUGCUGGUCAUGGUAACGGAGACAUAUUAAUUCGUUCAAAAAGAGUCCGAUCGCGUCCAGGACAGAGAAGUGGCAAUGUGCCAUUGGAUUAUUCGCUUAAGGCUUAUCUAGAAGUUAUGUUCCUGAAUCCUCAGAUGAAAAUCACUGUCCAAGGUUCUCCGGUCAUAACCCGUCAUUUGGAAAAAAAACUUGAUGAGACGUCUGUUAUGUCCGGUGAAAUCAAGGGGAGGACCAUCCGUCUGACACUGGGGUUGAGUUAUGAAGAAUGGGAUAGAGUUAACUGUGGAAUGUUCUUGUAUUGGCAUGGGCGUCUAAUAGAGUCUUACAAACGAGUUGGAGGGCAACAGUACAAUGCUGACGCAGGGCGUGGAAUAAUAGGAGUUGCAGAUGUUACUGACCUCAUUGAUAACGAAGAUGGUAGUACUUGGGUUCUUAACAGCAAGCAAGGGUUUCAGGAUUGUGAAAUGUAUGUCAAACUGGAGGAGUGGCUCGGGAGAAAAGCAGAUCAAUACUGGGAUAGAAAUUUUGACAAGCUUGAAUUGAGAGAAGACUCUGAGCAUAUCGAGGCUGUUGAUGACUGGGUUCAGUGCAACAGCUGUCGUAAAUGGAGAGUGCUGAGCGUGGGCUUUGAUAAAGACUGUCUACCCAGUGAAUGGUUUUGCUACAUGCCACCUUUCAAUGGGAAAUGUGAGAUUCCAGAAAAAGAAAUGGAAGUUGGUGUGAUCGCAGUUGGUGCAAAGAGAUCUGGCGACAAGAAUGUAGCCCAGCCGAAGGUUCAAAGACUCAGUCGAGGUGAAGAUGUUAAGUUAAUCCUGCUGUGUGACCAGAAUCUGAGGUUAAUCCCGCCAUCAACUGACAAAAAGGAAAAAGGAUUUUCCGAUGCCAGGAGCUGCAAAGGUAUGCAACUAUGCAUGCUCUGUAGGCAAAAAAGAAGUCAUGGAUCUGCAAGAAUGAUGAUUAUUUCGCACAAGCUGAUUCGGGUACGCCCCGGCCCACUUUGAAGAGGUUGUCGAGGGGGUAUAACAGCAACUGUAAGAAACAGCGGUGAAUGAUAAUGCAUGGAGAAGUCCAGGCGCCUUUGGUCCACGAUGAUGGAGUUGCAGCUAUCUGUUUAUUCCAAAGGACUUGAACGCUUACCACUACCUUUUGAAGGUUCUGCAAAAUGGAUGUAAAUAUGCAUACUUUUCUUAAUCUGAUUGUGGAAAAUAUGGAACCCUACAAUAUCUGUUGUGUACUGAUCUGUCCCUCGUGAGGGAUUAUAUAAGGUACAUGAGAGAGGGAUGUGCCAGAAAUACAAGUCAAGGUUGUUUAAACCUAUUUUUAUCUCUAAUACAUAUUUAUCUCUAACUCUCAAA